AUGCCACGCUUACAGUCGUUACAUUGCGAUGUUCAUUUGGAUCGAGCAUUGAACAAGUUAUGGGAGUUAAAGGAAGCUCCGCAAAAAACGUAUCUUACGCAUGAAAAGCGUUACUGUAAAUAUCAUUUUGAAACAACGCAUCGAAGGGAAUCUAACGGACGGUUUGUCGUCGAAUUGCCGCUGAAACCCGAUGUAGCUCUGGGAGAGUCGCGAAACUUUGCUAUCCGGAAUUUGUUACGACUUGAAAGAAGACUCCCUUGUGACUCCGAUCCUCGUUUACGCUACAAUGAAUUCAUGAAUGAACUCAUUGACAUAAAACAUAUGCAGGUCACGUCAGAGACUAAGAAUCCAACGUAUUAUUUGCCUCAUCAUCCUGUUUUAAAGGAAAGUAGUAUCACGACCAAAUUGAGGGUUGUAUUUAACGCGUCCGCAAAAUCGACUUCCGGAAAUUCGCUGAAUGACGCAUUAUUUGUAGGACCUCAAUUGCAAGAAGAUUUGUACACGAUCUUACUUCGCUUUAGAACACACCGCUAUGCUGUAACGGCAGAUGUCACCAAAAUGUAUCGUCAAAUCUGCGUAUCCUUAAAACACACCGAUUUGCAACGCAUCGUAUGGCGUAGCCACGUAACGCACGGAGUGGCAGCUGCGUCUCAUCUAGCUGUCGGAUCACUUCAACAGACGGCAGGAGAUUCGUCGAAUGGUUGUGCUAGGGCUGUUAGUGUUAUUUUCAAAGAUUUUUACAUGGAUGAUCUACUUACUGGUGCAUCUAGUAAAGAAGAACUUCGAUUGUUGCAGCAAAACAUUUCCGAAAUAUUGAGGGAAGGGGGGUUUGAACUUCGUAAGUGGGCAUCGAACUGCGUUGAACUAAUCGCAAGCAUUUCCAAUGCAUCUACGAACAUAUCAUAUUAUAUUGUCGACGAUAAGGAUGUUCACGCUUUAGGUCUUAUCUAA